UUGUCUGCAAUGGAAUCCUUGUCAGGGAUUGAAUGGUUGGAAAGCCACAAACCAAAUCAGUGACCUGCAGCUGCAGCUGCAGCUGUCUCUAAGGACUGACUGGUCUUCAGUUCCCAGUUCCCAGCUUUUUGAUUUGCCCAUCUCUUCACUGUUUCCCUUUUUCCUUCCCUUACUUUUGAACCAGGAGAGAUUGCUUCAUGCUAUCAAGAUGAGUUUUUAGUUUUCCAAAUUUUAUAUUUAUGUUCUUUUGAUUGCAUUGUUUAUGUUUGUUAUGUUGUGCUGGUUUUUAUUCUGUGUCUAGUGGUUUACUUUGAUGUCUAUGUUGUUGUUGUUGUUGUUGUUGUUAUUGUUGUUGUUGUUUUGAGAUUCCUGCAUUUUGUCUUUGCUCCCACUUUAGUUUUUGCCUUAAUGAGUUUAGUUUGAGGAGAUGACUUUGGUGAAAGAGUUGUGAGUUGUUGGAAGGAGAGAGGAGCAAAGGAAAAGGGGGGAAGAUAAUAUAAAGAAAGGGAGAUAUAGGGAAUAAGAAAGCUUUAGGGGGAAUUAAAGGGUGUUGCUUUCAUGGAGUGGGACUUGAAGAUGCCACCUUGGGACAUGGCAGAGUUGGGAAGGGAUUCUGAACCAGAGAUUGGUUCUGUGGCCACUACCAAGCCGGAUUGUUCUGUUGAUUUGAAGCUUGGAGGUUUGGGGGAUUUUGAAGCAUCUGAUAAGUGGAAAGAACUACAACAGCACCACCAUCAACAACAACAAGAACAAGAACAACAACAUCAACAACAACAACUGAGGAUUUCGAUGUCUACACCGACGAAAAGAGCUCGGGCAAUGAGCAAUGGGAGUCAGAAUGUGAGUUGUUUGGUUGAUGGGUGUAAGUCUGAUCUUAGUAAUUGCAGGGAGUAUCAUCGCCGGCAUAAGGUCUGCGAGGUUCAUUCCAAGACUCCAAUGGUGAUGGUCGGCGGCCAGGAGCAACGGUUCUGUCAGCAGUGCAGCAGGUUUCAUUUACUAAUAGAAUUUGAUGAGGUAAAGCGAAGCUGCAGAAAACGUCUUGAUGGUCACAACCGACGUCGUAGGAAGCCUCAACCUGACUCUACUAUCAAUCCGGGGAGCAUGUUUGCAAAUAACCGAGGUACUACUAGUAGUAGGUUCUUGCCAUAUGCGCAAAUGUUUCCUACCACUUCACUGGAACCAAACUGGGCGAACACUAUAAAAACCGAACAAAAUGUGGUUUAUGUUCACCCUUCGUCUAUGCAUCCGAUAGACAGGCAACAGGGUUUCCCUGUCUCGUCAUCCAGCAGUUACGAAGCCAGUAAACAUUUCCCUUUCCUGCCGGACACUGGUCCUAUUCUCGGCAGUAGAACUGCUAUUGAAACAUCUGUGUGCCAACCACUUCUCGAAACCAUGUUAGUGACUUCAGAAAAUAGCAGCAUCAAGAUGUUCUCCUCAGAUGGUUUAACUCAAGUCCUCGACUCUGAUUGUGCUCUCUCUCUUCUGUCAUCACCAACUCCGGGUAGAAUUCCGAUGCCAUAUGACACUCUCGGUCGAUACUCUAGCCAGCAGGAUUCGAGCAACAUUUCACCUACUGUUUUGGUAUCAAGUGCUGCCGACACAUAUCUUCCCUGCCAGAAUAUGUUUCAGGUUGACGGCACAGGGUCUUCAGUCGAUACCUCCAAUGCUCUACCCUUCUCUUGGCACUGAAUUAGUCCUUGAGCAAUGUUGCCGUAAUCAAAACUGCUUCUCUUUAUCUUUUCUGUUGAACCCGUCAUGUGAGCUCUUUAUUUGUGUGUGUGUGUGUCCUUUCAAUGUUUCUGCUCUCCCAAUCCUUAAUGAGUUCAAAUUUAUGUUAUCAAAUAUCAAUUUUUUUCCUGAUUUCAAUACAUUACUGCAUUUGUUUCGAGCUUCA